AUCCAGACUACACUGUUGUUCUUAGCUCAUCUGUGAACGCAAAGUUCUCUGGUGACCCGACGGAGUUGGAAUGCAAAGUCACGAACAUGUCGAACCUUCGUAGCGGACGGCUGGGAGUGUCGUGGCUGUACAGAGACAUUCAGCCUGGUGACGUACCAGUAUCUACUCACACCAUUGUGUCACUGGAUGAGAAUGGGAACCUUGUGCCAGGCAAGACGUACAAGAGCCGUGUGGAGGCGGGGCUUAUUACAGUGACUCGAAUGGAACCUUACACGUUCAAGCUCCGCCUCUUUCGUACCACAGAUGCUGACGCUGGUGAAUACAUGUGUGCCAUAAUGGCAUGGGUACCAUCUCAACAUGGGAAUUGGAAAAAGGUUGCUGAGUAUGUGACCCCAGCACUUAAAGUCAGCUUUGCUAACAAGCGUCCUGUUCUCGGUGUCGUGGCCCGGCGUCUCCGUGAAGCUACGGCUGCUGGCUCCACGUUUGAGAUGAGCUGCCAGGCCAACAUCCAGAAUCUCCUGCCGGGAACUGCCUUCUCAAUCCUCAUCUUGUCUGAGGAGGCCAUCGGGUCACCCAGCCGGAAACUGGCCUCUCUGGGCCCUGAGAUGGUUCUUCAGCUGGAGGACUGGGGUGAGCCAGGCCGACAGGACAGCCUGAUGCUGGUGAAGACCGGUAAAAGGGACUUCCAGUUCCGGAUCCAAGCGGUGCAGGUGACCGAUCGUGGGUUUUACUCGUGUGAAAUGAAAGCCUGGACGAAGCAGCCCGGGGAAGACUGGGUUGAGAUGGCCAAAGGAGUGUCCAAUAAGGUUCAGAUUGCUUUUACUCACAAAGGUCCCACGUUUGAUCUGUCCAUCAGUUCAGACACAACGAGUGUUUUCCCCUGGGAAACUGUGAAGAUGGAGUGUGACGUCAGUGUUAGUGGCACGUCUCCCACUGCAGACGAUGUAGCGUACGAGAUUAAGUGGUUUCUGAGUCAUCUGAGGGGCUCAAACAGCGCGUCCCUGCUAGCCAGUAUGGACCGCUGGGGCGUCGUGCACAAGGCCCCUCGCAACGACAGCAGUGAUUGCAGCCUGGAGCGCCUGGGACCCAAAAGAUUUGCCCUCAACAUCCACAGCACACAGGACAGCGACGCAGGUGACUAUCACUGCACCGCAACGCCCUGGAUCCGGUCGACCGCCACCGGGGUCUGGAGCAAAGCGCCGGAGGUCACCUCACAGAGAGUCUUCCUCAAUGUGAAGUUUGCAUUGUGGGACUCAAUGAAGCUGCCUUUGCUUUAUGGGAUCUGUGCUUCGGUGACUGUAGGCGUUGUUUCUCUCGUCCUGGGCCUGGUCUGUGCUCACUGCUGCUGUAAAACCACGACACCUACUCCACGCUCUCACAACAAACUCAUGGAGCUGGAGAUAGAUUGACAAAGACAGUACAGUUGUCCCCUGCCGACCUGGAUGGCGUGGUGACAACUGAUGAACGCUGGGACGUGUCCCGUGAUGUUAUGCACCAUCUGGAAGGAGAAACUACAUUCUCAGAGGAAAUAACUACUGAAUCAGAGUCAACAACCAGGGCGAAUUACUCAAAUAUUGCACUAAACACAUUCUUAUAUCAGCCGGGUGCAUGUUUUGUUGGAUUUAUGAACUUUCUGUCAUUAAAAACAAGAAGUGUUAAAGGUUUUUUACGCUCUGAUGAAAUACCUGACAAGAUCCAAGCAGAUUUUGACAGACUGAAGGAUUAUAUUACUCAAGCUCCAAAGAGACCGUCUGCUUCCAGAUCAGGGUUUAAAGACACUAAUUUCUACCGUGAUUCUUUUUGAGUUUGGUGCUACUCUCUUUUUGCAAGACAUGGGAGGAGCUGAACCCAUGUCACAAUGUGAAAGAUGACGUUUUAUCUGUGAUUCUGUGACAUUUUGUGUUGUAAUGUAUGUACCGUUCAGCUUUGUUCUCCAGAGUUGACCAGCUCUGAACAACCCACCCUCUAAAAGCUAACUAGUCAACCAUUAUCAACUGGUUAACUGUAAUGCAACAGAGGCAGUCACACUAGAUUUUAAACAUAUAAAAUGAAUUUGAAUAUAUGA